AUGCUCCUAGCUAGCGGCCACAGCAUGCCUGUGCCUUCUGACUUCUUCUUGCACACUCAGACUGGCCGCGUGCUUCCUGUGGCUGGGAAUGUAGGAUUCGACCCCUCUAGCUCCACUCUUAUCUACACAGCCGAUGCUUGUCUGGGUGAAGUGGGAAAAUGGGAGUCUCCAGUGCUUCCGUUCAUUCCCUACCCUUCAUCCCGGCAUUCUGAUCUGCUAGAGCAAUGCAAGUUGAAAAGCCUCCAAACAGGACAAAAGCUUGUAUUUGGGGGACCCAUGUAUGAUUAUGAAACUGGUGUAAUUGUCUCAAUCCUGGCAGUCACUAUCCACCCCCAGACAGGGAUGGUGUACCCGGUAGGUGGUGUUCAUGUGUGCCCUGUGACGCGACUCCAACAGCCUAUUCAGAUUGGUUGUCCAAUGCUGGAUCCUCGCACUGGCAAUGUGGUGCUUAUCACUGGUGUUACUCUGGACUCACAUACAGGUGCAGUUCUCCCAGUAGGAGGUCUCUUGCUUGGUGAAUCCUUCAUUGAGCCCCUGAGUGGCAGGCUGGUGCGUACUGGUGGAGGCAGCAUCCGGGGGGGAAAAGUGGUGCCACAUGCAGGAGGUUUCCAGGCUCUGCUGGACAGCCAAGCUCUUGGUGCACGGGUACGUGUGGUGGAGCUCAUACGGGCCUACAGUGAUGAGUGGAAAUCUGGGAGUUUGGAGCUCCACAAUGAGAUCAGCAAAGUGAAGGCAGCUGCCUUAGACUUGGAGCAAGCCUGGAGAAACAGUCAGCACUGCAUGCUUCAGCUGCUAAGUUGUCUGGAGGCUCGGCAGGAGUGGGCUUGGUGGGUGGCUGAAGAUGGAGGCAGUCUAGGUGAUAUCAGUCUGCCUGGCAUGGAGUUGUCCCUGCCUGCUUUGCCGGGAUUUGAAUAUCCGGACCCUGGAGGUUCUGGAUUAUCAGUCCCUGUUCUCGGAGAACAGAUGGAUUGGAUGUCAGGGUGUAUGGUGCCUCUUGCUGGAACCAUGGAAGAUGCAGAUGGCAAGGGGCUGGUUCCUAUCCGCUUUGGGGCACAGACUGUAGACCCUGUAACAGGGGUUGUGGCCCCGGUGGUAGGAGUUCAGCUAGAUGUGUGGAACAGGACUGUCGUCCCAGUGACCGCGUCCCAGUGCCUGAACAUAAGAGAAACUCCAGACAUGGUGCUGGCAGAGGCUUUACAAAAGGAGUGCAGAAUGAGGGCUCAGUUCUGGAGAGAGCAGAGGGUAAAGGAGGAGGAACUGGUGGCAGAUUUUGACAGAACUCUGCGGGAGUGCCUUUACACAGCCCUUCAGGAGGAGUCAGAUCAUCUUAUGUGGAGAGACACCGAGAAGAAAAUAAAGGAGGCAGCAGCCGAGCUACAGGAAGCAGUCUAUAAAGAAGCUCAGAGAAGAAAUGCUGUGACGUCAGAGCUCUCGCUCUUGCUGCCCAGACACAUUCUACUCACUCUUACUGGAGGUGAUGAUGAAGAGUGGAAGCAGCAGCGUGACUGGUAUGCUGAACUGACCUCAGUGUUAAACAGAGUGAGUGUGUUUAUGGCAAGGCAGCAGUGGGAGCAAGAUCAGUCCACACCUCGGGGUGAUGAGCAACAGGAUGAACGGGUGCUGCAGGAUGAACAGGCGAGGCAGAAGGAACUGUGGGAGCAAUUAAAGCAGAGAUACACCGAGCUGGAAGUUGCUCUUUCUUCAGUGCACUGGGCCUGUGAGCUCAGCCAGCUCCGUGCUGAUACUGCAGAGGCCAUAUUAUUAGGGUCAUUCUCAUAUAAGGAUUAUGGUAUGGUGCAACAUAGAGGCAGAAAAAACCCUCUGAAAGCAGUGGCCCUGACUCAGCAGAAGAUGCUCCCUCAGUUGGAGCGCCUCAUUCAGCUGCUCGAGGAUGGCAAACUUUCCAGUCUCUUUACCAGCGCCCAAAGCCAGCAGAGCUCCGACCUGCCAAUGAAGCAUGUGUUUGAGAGGGACACAAGCUCUAGAGCAUGGACUGAAUCAGUCCCUGUAGCUAAAGAUGCCAAUCUGUCUCGCUGUGCAGCAGUUUCUGCUCAAUCACUGAAAGAUCAUGAAAAGGCUUCGUCUGUGAGCGAGCAAAAUGAACUGAAAGCUGCAUUGUACGGUACAUCCCCUACCCACAGAGAACAGGAUGUAAGCCCCGCUCAGUAUCAGGAGGCCCAAAAUCUCAAGGAGACACCAUUUCCCAUGCACAUGACCAUCCCCAAACUGUCAGGUGAGGAAUGGGCAAGUGUCCUGGAGCUCUCUCCGAUCUUCCAGCUUAUCCAAGAGUUAGAAGAGACACUCAAAGUUCGAGCAAAGGACACAGGUCUGCUGAGCGGUGAGCACGUGGGAUCAGGUUGCCCCUUUAUCGAUUUUUUGGAUGCGCAGUGGGAUUGCGAGGGAGAGCUUGUGAAAGUCAGUGCUGACAAACUUAACCCGCGGGAGUUUCUGAUCUACCAGCACGGCCAGUUGCUUCUCCAACUGAUACACACACACAGAGUGGCACCAGCAGUGAAAUUACACAUCGCUUCAAGUCUGCCUACAAAUAACUACUGCUGCAAUGCCUUCCGCAAUUCCUUUUAUUACCAGGAGACGGAUGGUACUCUGUACGUGCGCCAGCAGAGGCUGCAGUCCGUAGGAUCUUUCUCUCUGUUGCUUCUGCACUGUGCUGCUCACAUAUCUACCGGGCAACUAAGUUUUGACCCAACUGUUGCUUUCCAAAGGGCUUUCUUUAAGGUCAUACAAGUGUGUCUAAAUGAGUUGUUCCGGGCCAGACUCGAGCUUGAUUCAGCUGAAGACAAGAAACAAAGCACUGAUUCAGCUAUUAAUAGCCUUGUGCUUGAGAGAGUGCAGAAGCAUGACUCAGGAACUGUGUCUGAGAACCUAAAUGAGGUGACCAGGCUGCUAGGGAAGCACAAAGAAAAUUCAGUGUUCAGGAAUAUAGAAAGCCUGCUGAGAGAGAAGACCCUGGAGGUCAGCCCAAGUGACAGUGAGCUGCCAAUUAAACAUGGAGCAGAAGGCCAGGGCAUUGCGCCAGAGUGAAGUGAUGAAUUGGUGUUGAAAUACGAGCGCUGCUGCCUUUCCCUGAAUGUGACAAGACUGAAUAUCUCAUCCAAACUACUGUAUGUCGCUCCAUGGGAGACAGAUGGUGGCAAAGACAAUGGCUUUGUUUUGGAAUGAAGACAUUCAAGUAACUAGAAAAAUAAAUAAAUACACAAUAUAAGAAGCACAGGGCAUAUACAUUAAUUAACUUAAAAAAAAAAAAAGCAAAAUUGAAUAUG